CUAUAGAUUUUGUAGUGAUAUCAUUACCAUUAUUAUUCAUUACUUUUUUUAUACAUUUUUUAUAUCUUUAAGUAGAUCAGUGUAUUAUAUAAAACUUUUUACAUCUUUUUUGAUACCAAUAAAAAUGGGUCCCAAAAAAGUGAAAGGGAAAGCGAUAGAUACUGUCGAUGGGGUAGAUACAACAAAAAUGAAUAGGGAACAAUUAGAGAUAUAUGCACAUAAGAUAUUAGAAGAGAUGGAACGGGAACGGGAGGAAAGAAACUUUUUUCAAUUAGAAAGGGACAAACUACGAACUUUUUGGGAAAUUACGAGACAACAAUUGGAUGAAGCACGUGCUGUAGUCAGAAAUAAAGAACGUGAAAAAGAGGAAUUAGUAGAGAAUCACGAAGCUGAACUCAAAUUAUACAAGCAAAAAGUGAAGCAUCUGAUGUAUGAGCAUCAGACUAAUUUAUCUGAAACCAAAGCAGAGCAUCUAGUUGCUCUUAAACUGGCACAAGACGAUCAUUUUGUGCAAGAAAAUGAGCUUAUUAAAGAUAAAACCAAUCUUAAAAAAGUACAGAAAGAGCAGGAAUUGGCGUACAUGAACGAAAUUCGCGCAUUAAAAUUGCAUAAUUCAGAGGAAAUGAACAAUAUAAUAAAAAAAUUUGAAUCUGAAGCAAUAGAAUUGGAGCAAAAGUACGAACAAAAAUUAACAAGCCAAUAUGAGUCCUUAAUAUUGAAACAUCGUAUGGAGUUAACUGAAAUAGAGGAAAGAAAGAAUGCGCAAAUUGCGAAUCUAAUAAAGAAUCACGAAAAUGCAUUUACCGAAAUGAAAAAUUAUUAUAAUGAUAUUACUCUGAAUAAUUUAUCGUUAAUUAAGAGUAUGAAGGAACAAAUGGAAAUGAUGAGAAGCAAUGAGGAACGUAUGAAGAAACAAGUACGGGAAUUAACAACAGAAAAUAAAAAAUAUUUGACUGACUUGAAAACUUUGCAGGAAACGAUUACCGAACUUAAUCGUCAACUUACGAAUUACGAGAAAGACAAGCAAUGCUUAGUUAACACAAAACGAAGAUUAUCCGCAGUGACGAAGGAUUUAGAGAAUUUAAAAUUGGAAAAUGAAGUUCUCGAGCUGCGUUUUGAAAAAUGCCAAUCCGAAAGAGACGAGUUACAUUCUAGAUUUGUGUCGGCCAUAUUUGAGCUGCAACAAAAAACGGGUUUAAAGAAUGUACUCUUAGAAAAAAAAUUAGAAAAGUUAUCGGAUUUACUGGAGCAACGUGAAGCACAGAUUAGCGAAGUGUUAGCUGCUGCUCAAUUAGAUCCUGCGGCGGUGGUUAAUAUGAAUAAAAAAUUAGAAGAUAUGCUCAAUAGAAAAAAUACUGCAAUACAAGACCUACAAUAUGAAUUAGCGAAAGUAUGUAAAGCACAUGACGAUUUGUUAGCAGUUUACGAGAGUAAAUUGCAAGAAUAUGGAAUUCCCAAGACUGAACUUGGGUUUCAGCCUCUAAGGAUGAAGAUAAAUGGUGCAAAAUUGGGUUUAGGUCCAGCUGGUCUCGUUACUGCAAAUCAGUAA